AUGCCUCUUGACAGCCAGUCCACCGAUUCCAUCGCAGCCAUCGUGUUUGGCCUGCUUCAACUUGCUAGCAAGGAAGCGACCGGAGAAGAUAUACAAUCUGAGAUCCGACGGAUGCAAAAGUGCUUCACGACAGUCGGCAAACUGGGGAAGCGGAAAGCCGUUGGCGAGGACAUUCGUCCCAGCAAGAAAGAGAAAGCCAUGACAGAAAACAUGCAAGUCGACAGCCCUGCCACCGCCGUCGAACAACUCAAGGAAGCCUCUGGUAGUAACGGCGACAUCGAUGAAUCCCUCUACAGCAGGCAGCUGUACGUGCUGGGCCAUGAGGCCAUGAAGCGCAUGGGCUCUUCCAAUGUCCUCGUUGCUGGUCUACGAGGUCUCGGUGUCGAGAUUGCGAAGAACAUCGCCCUAGCCGGUGUUAAGUCGCUGACACUCUACGACCCCAAGCCCGCCGCUCUCGCCGAUCUAUCGUCGCAGUUCUUCCUUACUCCCGCCGAUGUGGGGAAGCCGCGCGCCUCCGUCACCGUGCCUCGCGUCUCCGAGCUCAACCCAUACACACCUGUGCAGGAAUUCAGUGGAAAGGAUCUGACGUCAGACCUGUCGCAGUUGAAGCAGUUCCAGGUCAUUGUCCUCACCGACACGCUGCUCGACGACCAAAUCAAGAUCGCAGACUACUGCCACGACAACGGUAUCUACGUUGUCAUUACUGACACAUACGGUCUGUUCGGCACCAUCUUCACUGACUUUGGCAAGAACUUCACCAUCGGCGACCCCACCGGCGAGAACGUCAAUAAUGGCAUCAUCGCCGGCAUCGAUGAGGAGGGUAUCGUGUCAGCACUAGACGAGACAAGGCACGGUCUCGAAGAUGGCGACUGGGUCACAUUCUCCGAAGUUGAGGGUAUGGAGGGCCUGAACGGCUGUGCGCCUCGCAAGAUUGAGGUCAAGGGACCAUAUACUUUCUCUAUCGGCGAUGUUUCUGGCCUAGGAGAGUACAAGAAGGGAGGACAGUUCAUUCAGGUCAAGAUGCCAAAGAUCAUCAACUUUGAGCCUUUCAGCAAGCAGCUCAAGAAGCCUGAGCUUCUCAUCUCCGACUUCGCCAAGUUCGACCGACCGCAACAGCUACACGUCGGUAUCCAGGCUAUUCACAAGUUCGCGAACUUCCACAAGGGCGAGUUCCCACGUCCUCAUCACGAAGCCGAUGCGGAUGAGCUUUUCAAGAUCGCACAAGAGAUUGCAGGUCAAGGGGAGGAGAAGGUUGAGCUGGACGAGAAGCUCAUCAAGGAACUCAGUUACCAAGCGCGCGGUGACCUCAGCCCUGUCGCUGCGUUCUUCGGUGGCAUGGCCGCUCAGGAAGUUCUGAAGUCCGUGUCUGGAAAAUUCCACCCCAUUGUUCAGUUCCUCUACUUCGAUUCGUUGGAGUCAAUUCCCACCUCCACAACCCGUUCGGAAGAGCAGUGCGCCCCGAUUGGCUCGCGCUACGAUGGCCAGAUCGCCGUUCUGGGUCAGGAAUACCAGAAGAAGCUCAGCAACGUCAAGCAGUUUCUCGUUGGUGCAGGUGCCAUCGGCUGCGAGAUGCUCAAGAACUGGGCUAUGAUGGGUCUUGGUACUGGCCCCGAGGGCAAGAUUACCGUAACCGACAAUGACCAGAUCGAAAAGAGCAACUUGAACCGACAAUUCUUGUUCCGACCAGCAGAUGUUGGAAAGCUAAAGAGUGACGCUGCAGCAAAGGCUGUUCAGGUCAUGAACCCUGAUCUCAGUGGAAAGAUUGUGACACUUCAAGACAAGGUCGGCCCAGAGACUGAGCAUAUCUUCAACGAGGAGUUCUGGAAUUCUCUGGACGGUGUAACAAACGCGCUGGACAACGUAGAAGCGCGCACGUACGUUGACCGACGGUGUGUGUUCUUCCGCAAGCCUCUGCUUGACAGUGGUACUCUCGGCACAAAGGGCAACACCCAGGUUGUUCUGCCAUUUAUUACAGAGUCUUACUCUUCAUCGCAAGAUCCUCCCGAGAAGUCCUUCCCUAUGUGCACACUCAGGAGUUUCCCCAACCGGAUUGAGCACACUAUCGCCUGGGCGCGAGAGUCAUUUGAUUCGCUAUUCGUCAAGGGUCCGGAGAUCGUUAACCUGUACUUGACGCAACCCGACUACCUUGGUGCAUCGCUGAAGCAGUCUGGUAACGAGAAGCAAACUUUGGAGACUUUGCGGGAUUUCCUGGUCACCGAGAAGCCGCUGUCUUUUGACGACUGCAUUAUUUGGGCUCGUCAUCAAUUCGAGAAGAACUACAACCACGCGAUAGCGCAGUUGUUGUACAACUUCCCCAAGGACUCCAAGACCGGCUCCGGUCAGCCAUUCUGGUCAGGACCCAAGCGUGCGCCAGACCCAUCGAAGUUUGACUCUUCAAACCCAACACACUUUACCUAUGUGGAAGCUGCUGCCACCUUACAUGCGUUCAACUACGGCAUCAAGCCGAAUGCAUCGAAGGAGCACUACGUUGAAGUUCUCAACGACAUGAUCGUCCCUGACUUCCAGCCCGAUCCUACUGUGAAGAUCCAGGCCGACGAGAAGGAGCCAGACCCGAACGCUAACCAGGCUGGUAGUGAUGAUAAUGAGUCGCUUGAUAGCAUUAUCAAGCAACUUCCAGCACCAAAAUCUCUCGCCGGAUUCAAGCUUGAGCCUGUCGAGUUCGAAAAGGAUGAUGACUCCAACCACCACAUUGACUUCAUCACUGCUGCCAGUAAUCUCCGUGCUGAGAACUACAAGAUUGAGCAAGCGGACCGUCAUAAAACCAAGUUCAUUGCUGGAAAGAUUAUUCCGGCCAUUGCUACCACUACCGCCUUGGUGACUGGUCUCGUCAACCUUGAAUUGUACAAGAUCAUUGACGGCAAGACGGACAUCGAGCAAUACAAGAACGGCUUCAUCAACUUGGCGCUGCCAUUCUUCGGUUUCAGUGAGCCGAUUGCAAGCCCGAAGGGUACAUACCAAGGGCACGAUGGCGAAGUAACGAUCGACAAGCUAUGGGAUCGUUUUGAGGUGGAUGAUAUCCCCCUCAAGGACUUUGUGGACCACUUUGAGAAGAAGGGUCUAUCGAUCCAGAUGAUCAGCUCUGGUGUUAGUUUGCUCUACGCAUCAUUCUACCCUCCAGCCAAAUUGAAGGAUAGGAUGCCUCUCACUAUGAGCAAGCUUGUUGAGCACGUCAGCAAGAAGCCAGUACCCGAGCACCAGAAGAACGUCAUCUUCGAGAUUACGGCUGAGGAUCAGAAGGAGGAGGAUGUUGAGAUCCCGUAUGUGAUGGUCAAGUUGAAGUAGAUGUCUCAUGACUUGGGCAGUGGAUAGGUUCCCAGCAAAUGGGGAUGAAUAUGACGUGAAUUAGACGAGCAUAGCUUGCAUGAAUAGACACAUGACUUCAAAC